AUGAAUUAUGCAAAUGUCCCUACUCAGACACAUAUGCAAGGACUAGGGGCGGAGUCAAUGUUCUUCAACCCCAACACUGCACAAGAAAUUUGCCCUGGAAUUUGGUUGGGACCAUACACUUCUUUGCUCAAUGAUUACCAGCCGAAUGGAAGCAGCUCUAGUUUUUUGACGGAAAAAAAUGUCAAGAUGAUCAUCAAUUGCGGUUCAACUAUGCAAUUUCUCGACUUGGUGGAAAACUCGCCAAACGUAUCUAUAUCUUCAGACAUCAUCAUCCUAAGCUUGGACCCUGCGUUUGACUACCAGUCGGAAUUGAUUAAAACAUUCAAUACAAAGUUCAAUCGAGUAUUGCAAAACUAUUUACUGUACUUUUAUACCAAUAACCCAGUGCUGAAAACCCUGAUCCACAGUCUACCCCAAUCACAUGACCUAAACUUGAGCUCCCCAAUUCUAUCCGGCUCCAAUUUGAAAAUCCAAUUCUUCAAGAUUAUCAGAUUGAUUUCAUUGUUUAAACAUGUGUUCAACCAAGAUUUACAAGUAUUGUUUCUUUCAGAAACUGGAAACUCAAACUUAUCUUCCGGACUCUGCAUUGCCUACUUGAUGGAUACAUACAAGUAUAACUUGCAAAAUAGCUUCAAAUUGCUACAACUGAAGAGACCUACAAUCAGUGAAUUGAGAACAAGCUAUUACGAAGAUUUACUAAUUAUUGAGAACUUGAAAAAGUUUUAUUUGGAAAACAUUGAAUUGAAACUGCAGAAUCCAUCUUUGUUGGUGAGUAAGUUCAAGAGAGGGCAAUGCGACAUUGGCCAGGAUGGACAAGAUGUCGAUGGUGACGACGACAAUAUGAGAGACGAAAUAUUGGUAGGAGCAGGAGCUGACAAUUUUGGAAGAGGACUUGGAAGAAAACGGAGAUUCCGUUAA